CUUGUUUAUAAAAAGAAUACAUCCUUUUCAUGACUGACUUGGCGAAAUGAAGAUUCAUUAGGACUUUUAUCUAUAUUUAAGAAUUAUGAGUUAGCUCCAAACUGAACCCUCAGCUAAUCAGCCUCACCCAAACAAAAAAACUGCCAUGGUUUUCCCAUGAUCUCCUGCAUUAAAAUGCAUAAGUUGACUCUUUUUCUCAUGCUCUUGAUUGUGAAAACACAAUCCCAAUCAAACCCUGCACAAUUAGCACCUGGAGAUGCACCAAACAAUUUCCAUCCGAGCCUUGCAGCUAUCAUAGGUGUACUCUGUUGUAUGGUUAUUUUUACUUUCAUCCUUCUUGCUUAUGCCAAGUACUGCCACCGAAGCUCACCGAUGACCACUUCUCCGAUUCAAGGCCUGCUCACAAGAUCCAGAUCUCGGUACUCUGGUAUCGACAAAACUCUUAUUGAGUCACUUCCUUUUUUUAGAUUCUCUGCACUCAGAGGAGCCAGAGGCGGUCUUGAGUGCUCUGUCUGUUUGUCAAAAUUUGAAGAUAUCGAGAUUUUAAGGCUACUGCCAGCUUGUAAACACGCGUUUCAUAUAGAUUGCGUUGAUAAGUGGCUUGAGAAGCACUCUACGUGCCCGCUGUGCAGGCAUAAGGUCAGCACCGAGGAUCUUUCAGUACUCACGUAUUCUCACAGUUUGAGGUUCCUGGCUGCAGGGCACUCAGACGUGAGACAGGACUCAAGUUUGGAGAUUUUUGUUCAGAGAGAAGAGGAUUAUAAUCACAGGUCAUCCAGUUUCCGUGUUGGAGGUAGCUUCAGAAGCAAGAAUGAGGAGGAAAAAGAAGAGUUGCCAAUUCACGAAAAUGAUGAGGAGAUUUUACAUAAGUUUAAUCACAGGAUCAUUGUUUCUGAUGCCGUGUUGAAGAACAGAUGGAGUAAUAUUAGCUCUUCGGAUCUCAUGUUCUUGAAUUCAGAGUUGAGUCAUGGUUUGUCUAGCGGGAGAUUACCAUUCAAGGAAUCUGAUGGUGAGGAACUUAAGAAAGUAAUGGAAAUUAAACAAACUGAUGAAACCUCAGUUGAGAAGAAUGCUAGUACAUCGAAGAUUUCGGGUGUAAAUGAGAAGAGAUCAAUGUCUGAAAUUGUAACUCAUCCAAGAUUCACAGAUAUUAGCAUAAGAAUUGAUGCAGAGAAUUCUGCUGGGAGGAAUCAGGAGAAUUCGGAUAAUGUCAAGGAGGAGAGGAUAAGGAGGAUGUGGUUGCCAAUUGCAAGAAAAACAGUUGAAUGGUUUGCAAACAGAGACACAAGUACACCAGAGUUUCAGAACACAAGGCAAACUUUUGAUGUGUAGAUGGAUAUAUAGUUAGUCACAAGCUUUGAAGUUUGUUAUAUGCACAUAAUUUUUGCAAGUUCUUGAAAUCCUAUUUAGUUCAACGGAAUAUUCAUUUA